AUUCCUUCCUUCCCUCCUUUUUGCCUUGACAAUAGGAUCAUAUCAUUCCAUUCGCUAAAAUGAUUCAUUUCAUUUCCAUCUAAACCAGAAAUUUCAGAGGAAAAAAAAUUCAUUUUUUACUUUUGUUUAAAAAAAAAAUCAUCAAAUUUGAUUUGAUUAUUGACUUGACUUUUAGAAUUGGCUAAUUUCAAUUGAUAUUUUUUGGUGUUAAUGCGAAUUUUCUAGGAAAGAAGUCAAUGAUCAUUCGUUAAUUCACUUUCCAUCUUAAAGCCAUGGCCAAUUCAUACACCAAUUAAUGGUUUUCUUGUUUGAUUUAAGCAAUCAAAUCCAGAUUUUUCUCUGAUCAAUCCCAGGUAUGGAUGACAGGAUGAAUUUGAUGUAUUCAAGGCAGACAAGCAGUGCAGAAUCAUUGCAAGCUUCAUCGCCGUUGAUGUCCCCAGUACAUCAUCGCCAUGUUCGGACGGGAUCAGCUGGCAUGCCUAACGUGAGGAAAGCACAGACAAAAGCCGCGGCGCAAAGGCUUGCACAGGUGAUGUCACACCAACUAGCGGAUGAUGAUGACAGUGAAGAGGAUGAUCUUUCCUUUGAUUAUAGAAAUAAUGCUAGUGGCAUUGGCUCCAUUGGCCUUGCUGGUGGAAAAAAAAUGCCGCGCCCACAGUCUCCAAGGACCAUGCCAAUAGCAAAUAGCCCUGUACUUAAAAAGAAACCGCAGUCACAGCCCCCAACACAAAUAGUUGAUGAGGACAAUGAUAAGGAUGACCUUUUGAAUGAUUAUGGAUUAGUUACUGGUCCCGUGACUAUUGGACGUGCUGGUGGAAAGUCAAUGAGAUCCCGUUCUCCUAUGGUAGUUCGUACCAAACAAGAACAACCUCAAUCUACACAUUCAGCAGCAGGCAGUAGACCAUUACUAUCUGUCAACACUGUGGAACAACCAUCAUCAAUUCCAUUUCGUUCAGUAUCCCCACCCCCUCAGGUUACAAACACUAUGGAAGAGCCUUUGUCUGCUCGUUCUUUAGUGGUUGGGCGAUCAUCCAUGAAUUCUUUAGGACAGCCUUUAUCUGUUCGUUCUUCAAUGUCUGUUCUAUCAUCCCCCAGCUCCACCGAACAACCUCCAUCUGCUCGUUCUACUUCAGCUGGCCGUCCAAACAUCAAGACAAUGCCCAUUCCCUCUAGUGUACCUAUAUCUUUAAGGCCAGUCUCUCCAGUGAUUUCACCAGAGCGUUCAGUUGACAAUCGGAAAGAUAAAAGGUUUUCAAUGGAUUUUGGAAAUACAAAUCUAAGAGAUACUGGCAGCCAUCAAUCAGCUUCUGCUUUACAAGACGAGGUUGAUAUGCUGCUGGAAGAAAAUGAUAGUUUAAUUGAAAAGCUUCGACUUGCAGAGGAGAGGUAUGAGGAAGCAGAUGCAAGAGCUAGGCAGCUUGAGAAGCAGGUUGCUACUCUUGGAGAAGGUGUAACAUUAGAAGCUCGCCUUUUAAGCAGGCAAGAGGCAGCUCUUCAGCAAAGGGAGGCUGCUCUGAGAGUUGCAGAACAAACUAGUAAACCUGAAGAUAUUGCUGCUCUUAGGACAGAAGCUGAGACUGCUAAGGAUGAGGCAACAUCUGCUAUGGAGCAGCUCCUUGAAGCUGUUUCUGAAGUUAAAUUACUUAGGAGUAUAACACAGAGAAUGAUUCUGACGGAUGAGGAAAUGGAAGAAGUUGUUCUAAAGAGGUGUUGGCUUGCACGGUAUUGGAACUUGUGUGUUCAACAUGGUAUACAUGGAGAGCUUGCUGGAGCAAAAUACGAAUACUGGUCAUCCUUUGCACCUCUUCCUGUUGAAGUAGUACUAGCUGCUGGACAGCGAGCUAAAGAGGAGAGCUCAUCAACAAAUAACGAUUUAAGUGAAAGAGAGAAGGUUUUACGGGACAUGAAUGAACUUUCUGGAGUUGGAAACAUUGAAAGCAUGCUUCUAGUUGAGAAAGGUCUGCGGGAACUAGCUUCAUUAAAGGUAGAAGAUGCAGUAGCACUUGCCAUGGCUCAGCAACGACGCCCAAAUUUGCUUAAAGCAGAUGAAAUUAAGCUACCUGCUGAAGGACAGUUUGAAGCAUUUGAAUUGAGCCAAGAGGAGUCUGAAGAUGUGCGUUUUAAGCAGGCAUGGCUUACAUAUUUCUGGAGAAGAGCAAAAGCCCAUGGAUUGGAACCAGAUAUAGCAGAAGAACGUUUGCAGUUCUGGAUCAACCACAACCACAACAAUCGAUCUUUCACAUCACAUGAUGCAGUUGAUGUUGAGAGGGGGCUAUUGGAGCUGAGAAAGUUAGGCAUUGAGAACCAAUUAUGGCAAGAGUCUCGCAGAGGGCUAGAGGUUGACUCCAAUUCUAGAACACCUGCUGAGUCUAAAUUUUGAUGAUCCAAAUUGAUAAUUUUUUCUUUCAAUUUCUGAAAACAUUAAAGAGAAAUGUCAUAAUUUCUUUACUAGACAGAAGGAUGAUGUUGGUAGUACAUUGAGAAUGGUUUUGGUCUUGUGAUUUUACAUGUAACUAUUUGAUUAUCACAUAUCAUCAGCUGGUUGAUAGGUUGAUAGACUGACUUCAAAGUGAUGAUUAUUAUUGAAAAUUUUCAUUCAUUUUUUAACCUA